AUGCAUAUCCCGAUAGAGGAUGAGUAUGUGCGAGAUUUUUCAUUCGAACCAGAAAUCAUUCUACGUCGCAAGGAUUCGCUAGACAUUCAGCGUGAGAAGUAUCACCGGAAGCGCUUGAACAGCCGUCGGAAGCGGAUGAAGCAGAACGCGCUGCAGGUGUUGGCAAAGUCGUCGCCAGUCCUCCCACCCGAUCAGCAUCGUCCAACGGAACCGACGGACAAUGGUGGUGCUGGUGAGGUACUGGAUGGGACGAAAAGUGGUAGCAAUAGUGAGACUAGUGCAUGUAUGCCGAUCAGCAUGUCCAACGCCACAUUGAUCGAUGUAUCGUCGUCCGCGGCCUGUCCGCCGGGCAGCGGGCUGGACGGUCUCGAUCCUGCGGAUAAGGAUGAAAUCCGACGUAGUAUCGUUGACAUCGAGAUAGAAGAGUUUUACUACAUGUAUGGUCGGUACACGAAGGACCUAGGAGAAUACGCCAAAGAUGAAGCGCGAAGACUCAGGCUUCUUGAACGACGAAGAAAAAAAGAUGAUAAAGCAAGAAACAAGGAACUGUUGGAUGUGCGAGACAACAAGUUCUUCAAGGCCGCCUCCUGGCUGUGGCGCAACACAUUCGCCCGGCUGGGCGAAGACUGGGUGUUUCUCGCACUGUUGGGCAUCAUCAUGGCGAUGCUAUCCUACGUGAUGGAUAAGGGCAUCUCGAUGUGCACAAAUUCACGCGUCUGGCUGUACCGGGAUCUCACCAACCAUCCGGUGGCACAGUAUCUUGCGUGGGUAUCGCUGCCAGUGUGUCUGAUCCUGUUUUCGGCCGGUUUCGUCCAUCUGGUCGCACCGCAGAGCAUCGGUUCCGGCAUACCGGAGAUGAAAACGAUCCUGCGCGGCGUCGCGCUGAAGGAGUACCUCACGUUCAAGACGCUGGUCGCGAAGGUGAUCGGUCUCACGGCGACGCUCGGCAGCGGAAUGCCGCUCGGCAAGGAAGGUCCCUUUGUACAUAUAGCUAGUAUAGUAUCGCAGCUGCUUAGUAAGAUCAUCACAUCAUUCCAAUCGAUCUACGAAAACGAAUCGCGCAACACGGAAAUGUUGGCCGCGGCCUGUGCGGUCGGUGUCGGGGCCUGCUUUGCGGCCCCGAUCGGGGGCGUACUGUUCAGCAUCGAGGUAACGACGACGUACUUUGCGGUGCGCAACUACUGGCGCGGUUUCUUUGCCGCCGUCUGCGGUGCCACCGUGUUCCGGCUGCUGGCGGUCUGGUUCCAGAAGGCGGACACCGUGACCGCCAUGUUUUCGACCAACUUCACGUCCGAUUUUCCCUUCGAUCCGCAGGAGCUGUUCGUGUUUGCGCUGAUCGGACUCAUCUGUGGCUUAGGCGGUGCCUUGUACGUAUGGGUGCACCGGAAGUACGUACUGUUUAUGCGCUCGAACAAAAAGAUGAACAAAUUCCUACAGAAAAACCGUUUUCUGUAUCCCGGCAUUGUGGCGCUCAUUGUGGCCACCCUUUCAUUUCCGCUCGGCUUCGGUAAGUACAUUGCCGGCGAGCUGAGCACACACGACCAGGUUCAUCAGCUGUUCUCCAACUUUACCUGGACGAAGCACGAGCUCACCGUUGAGCAGGCGGCCGUCGUAUCGAACUGGCGCACACCCGAGACGAACGUGUUUGUUAACCUGAUUAUUUAUUUGCUGUACACGUUCUUCUUGUCGAUCAUUGCCUCAACCAUUCCCGUGCCGUCCGGUAUGUUCAUACCAGUGUUCAAAAUUGGCGCCGCAUUUGGGCGCAUCGUCGGCGAAUCGAUGCACCUUUGGUUCCCGCAUGGCGUCCGGUACGGGGGCAUGCUGGCACCGAUCAUUCCCGGUGGCUACUCGGUGGUUGGGGCGGCCGCCUUCUCCGGUGCCGUCACGCACACCGUGUCCGUCGGUGUGAUCGUGUUCGAGAUGACGGGCCAAAUAACGCACAUCGUGCCGGUCAUGAUCGCUGCGCUGAUCUCAAACGCCGUCGCUGCGCUGCUGCAACCGUCCAUGUACGAUAGUAUCAUUCUCAUCAAAAAGCUACCGUACCUGCCGGAUCUGCUGCCGUCCGGUUCGGGCAUGUACAACAUUUACGUGGAGGACUUUAUGGUGCGCGACGUGCGCUACAUCUGGAAGGGAAUCUCGUACCAGCAGCUGAAGGAAAUCCUGAAAGCCAACAAGAGCCUCCGGAGCCUGCCGAUCGUCGACAGCCCGGACAACAAGGUGCUGCUCGGUAGCGUGCAGCGCUACGAGCUGAUCAAGAUGAUCGACAAACAUAUCGGGCGCGAGAAACGGCUCGAGGUGGCCGCCAAGCUGAUGAAGGAAGCGGAGGAGAAGGCCCGGGAGGAGCAGGAGCGCCAGAAGCGUGAAGCGGCGGAAGCACUGAAAACGCGCCGUCCAUCACGGUUCGAGGUUGUGCCAGCGCCGGACAUUUUGAAGCUCCGCGAGCGGGCCAACAACGAAAUGCUACCGCCGCAGGCGCGCCGCGAAUCCAACGCCUCCGUUACGGGCGGACCGGUGUUCGGUGGUACGCAGCCGAAAAAAUCCAUCCUCAAGAAAACGAACUCGUUCACGCUGAAGGGCUUCAGUCCGCUGUCGCCGCACAGCCCAGUGCACACGCCGUACACGACGAUCACCGGGACCGAGAGCCGCAUUCGGUCGGCGUUCGACAUCAUCUUCCGCAAGUCGGCCACGCUGCAGGACGUGACGCCCGAUCCGGAAGUUGGGUCGAUCGGUACGCCGAGCAUCGUCGGAUCGGAGGUGGCUCCACUAACGCCCGGCAUCUCGAAGAAGGUGCAACUGCCACGGGAGCGCGUUAUCGAUCUGACGCCCGAGGAUCAGAAGGCUUGGGAGAUGGAAGAGAUGGCGAAGGCGAUCGAUGUCGAUCAUCUUCACAUCGAUCCGGCCCCGUUCCAGCUCGUCGAGCGUACAUCCAUCCUGAAGGUCCACUCGCUAUUCUCGAUGGUGGGCAUCAACCACGCCUACGUCACCAACGUCGGUCGUCUGGUUGGUGUGGUGGCUUUGAAGGAGCUGCGAACAGCGAUUGAGAGCGUCAACAAUGGAACACUGACGCCCGAGUCGGUGAAAGCCAAACAGGAGGAAGAAGCUCGGGCACUUGCCCAAAAAGAAACCGACAACAAUAACGGCAUUUCGGCGGAAGAUCCACUCCUCCCGAAGAGACCCGGCGACACGUUUAGUGACAAAAAAGUAAAUAACACAAUCACCUCGAUGGACUCGGCACUGUCCAACUCGGACAACUGUUCGGACAUUGAGCUAGAUAACAUUAACAUUAGUCACGGUGAUACUUCGACCACUAAUGGGACCACCACCAAGCCUCACACCAACAACCAUUCCAGCCAACAGCAGUAGUGGUUGAUGGGGCGACGAUGGUGGCUAAAGCAUUGUACAUUUAGCAACAGCUGAAAACAGCCCUUUCGCCGUGUUGAUGGGAUGGGGGUGUCAAUAAGGGGGUGUCAUGUUGUUCACAGCGCACAGAGUGCAAGCCAUCAACUACCAACUCGUGCAACCAUCUCAGGGCACCAGCAACAGAAAGAGACACUACGAUCACAAUAUACACAGAUGCACACACCACGCCACUACCAAAUACUGGAAAUUGGAUCUCAUAAUGCCACGCGAAUUAUCGCAAAACAACACCGACAACAACCAACCAACACCUUUGCGUCAUAGCAAUCCACUAUAAGCACCAGGGCCGAAAUUAAUGUUGCACGACGCUAAAGAUUGGAACUCCCAAGCAAGGACGGCCACGUGCUCCGAACCAGUCCAUCUAACCGACCUGUAGAAUGAUGCCGGAAAUGCGCGCAUAGAUUUCUUUUCAAUGUGAUUGUACUUUAAGUGAUAUAUGACUUUUUCCAACGUCCUUUGAUUAUAAAAUAAUCGAACAUCGAACAGCGCGCUUUGCGGCAAACGGACAUGGUCUUUCCGGUGAGCUGGUACAAACAACUGAGACAGCAGGCUGCGCAGCUGCAAGUGGCAUUGGUCGUAGUGAUUUUAGUGCCAAAUUCUUUUUUAAAAAACAAACCCCCGCACACUAAACAGUUCUCUAACAGGAAACGUGUGUUUUACGCUUUGUGUCACAGACCGAACACAAGUCCGUUUCCCGUUGCUUUGCUUUAAGUUUUGUGCCUAAUUGUUUCGUAAUUUUAAAAUGCAAAAGUAAAUUAUUUUACCAACCACUCCGUUCGAAGAACUGACCGAAACCGAUGGCAAGAAAUGUGGUACACCUAGGAGGGGACCGCCAGUGGUGUAUCGGAAUCGGAAAUUCUCCUGCCGUGUUGUGAAAGAUUCUAGUUUUAUCCUAGUAACGUAAGCGAAAGUGAGAGAGAAAUGUUGUAUAAAGCAGAACAAAAUAAAAGACACAAAAAGGGUUUAGUAACGAAGCAAU